UACUUGACUGCCUUAUCUCAAGGACUCCGUUUUGUAAUAUCAUACUGUGCGCUGUGACGCGAUAACUGGCUGGAUAUACAUAACAUAUAUUCUAUGUACACGAAGCGUAGUGGACCUUUCAUACAUUAUACAGAUUUUCAGAAUGUGAAGGCCAAAAAAGGAAACCUCAGCGAAAAGUUAAACAAUGCAGAUACCAUGUGCUUGACGUUUCUACUAAGUGCUGUUGUCCUAUGUGAGUAAUUGUCAUUUUAGUUCGUCUUAUUACAAAGCAACCAACAACAAGCACGCUUGUCGUCUCGCCGUAGGUGUCGGAUCUUGCUGUGCAGAGAAAAGUCUCCCAUAAUCAUUUGUGGCCGAUGCUGAUCAGUGUCAGUGGGGAAAGUUUGGUCAGAACUGUGAACGAAAUUGUUCCUGUCAUUGCGCCCUGAUUAAAAACAAUACUGCAAAACACUGCAAUAAAAUAAGUGGAGAAUGCUCGGAAGGAUGUCUUCCUAGAUGGUAUGGUACAGACUGCAAAAAAACGUGCAGCGUCAACUGCCUCAGCGAUAUAUGUAAUCAACAUAACGGAUACUGCACCCUUGGAUGUAUAGAAAACUACAAAGGACCUUUUUGUAACAUUGCCAAAGAUUUCAGCAACCCAGACGCCUGUAAGUGUGAUUCAAGUGAAACUAACUUGGCUGUGGCCUUUGGAAGCUCUCUUGGUGUGCUAUUGCUGUUUAAUGUCAUUGGUGCAGUUGUAUGGUGUGUGCGUUUCAAACGAGGACGACAAACUUAUAAAAAGAAGUCAAACAAGAAUCAAGUCUUGGAAGCUCUGAGACCUAUAGAGUUAGAAGAUGUUCCCGCAACUUAACGUUUGCUGUGUACUGACAGGUUUGUAUGUUUCAGUUUGCCUCAGUUCAAUUUUAGCUUCCCCGAGUUGUCAAAACUGUCUAUUUGGAAAGUGUGAUCAAGACGGAGUAUGCACUGACGGGUGUGAACCAGGAUUUGUCGAUAUAUUUUGUCAACAUCCGUGUCAGGAGACCUGUACUAAUGGCAGAUGUAUGAUGGAUAAUCGCACAGGAACAACAAUGUGUACAGAAGGAUGUGUAGAUGGGUUCUGUUUCCCUGCAUGUAAGAUACCCUGUCCUGAAGGUUGUCUACGCUGUAAGCGUAUGCUUUGCGAGAACUGUACACUUUGCGAGAGUCACUUAUAUGGAGAGAAUUGUCAACACUCUUGUUUAGACAAAUGUAAAGGAUAUGCAUGUAGUAUUCAAGGAUACUGUUCACAGGAUACUUGCAUGGGUGGUCGGUAUGGCAAAUUAUGCAGUAGCUCGUGUAAACCUAGGUAUGAGUCAUGUGAUCAAGUAAGUGGACAUUGUCUUAAAUGCCGAAGAGGCUUAUUUGGGGAUGACUGCCAGUAUCACUGUUCACAAUGUUUAACAAGAGAAGAGGAAGACAUGUUUAGAUGCAGGUCAGGGUGCAAGCUUUGCGUGAAGCCGCUUCAACCAGAGUCAAAAAAGGAAUUGGAUUAUACAGACAUGGAGGCAAAGUUUAACAUUAUGUACGGACUAUGCAUCGCCCUGAUUGUGAUUACGCUGACCAUCCUUUGUUUUCACAUCAAAAAUGCAUGGCAAUGGAGAUGUGGACGACGUGAAAAUGUUGAAGAUAUCAGGAAGAAGGAGAGAACCAUGAGUGAACAAACCAACAGGAAGAGGGUGAGAACCAUGAGUGAACAAACCAACAGAAGUUACGCGCGAGAUAGUGGUACACCUUUGUUGGAAAUGCAGGAGGAGGUCAGCGACCAGCCACCGCAGCAGAUUCCAGGUACACCUUUGUUGGAAGGGCAUGAGGAGGUCAGCGACCAGCCACCGCAGCAGAUUCCAGAUGAUGCUUUGUCAGACGUUCAUGAUGGCAGCGACCGGUCAUCGCAGAAAUCUGAAGGAACUAUCACUUCCAUGAUCCCAUAUUUGCCAGUAUUUGGUACUCCUUUGUUGGAAGAGCUUGAGGAGAUCAGCGACCAGCCAUCGCAGCAGAUUCCAGGUACUCCUUUGUUGGUAGAGCUUGAUGAGAUCAGCGGCAAGCCAUCGCAGCAGAUUCCAGGAACAGACGGCGAACAACCUUCGGAGUAGUUUCAAGACUGAAGGGACAUGCAAUUUGAAGAAACCGCCUUCCAUUGAUCAGACUACACAACGUACUACCAUGAAGAUGAAUAUUCUACUUUUUAUCUAUCAGUUUGCUGCAUGAUGUACACAGAGUGGACUGUACAGAAAAUGUUUUGCCACGUAGUCUACCGAAAGUACGAUCACAAGUUCUUAGUGUGUUUAGAUGGUUAGUUCAUCAUUAAAACACGAUUCAGUGUUUUGUCAUCUCGUGAACAAGUUAUGAAUGAGUAAGCGAGAUGUAUUUUAUGCCAUUUUAAGCAAUAUUCCAGCAAUAUAGCGACGGCGGACACCAAAAUAUGGGCUUCACACAUUGAACACAUGUACCGGGUUCUCGGCGUGGCGAGCGAACGCUUCAACCACUAGGCUACCCCACCUCGCUGAACAACGUUUGAAUAUACAAACAUUCACAGUUUACAUAAUAAUCAAAUCGAUAAACAGUUCAGUACAACGUAGGGUACUACGAUAAUCUGUGGGAGAUAUCAUCAAAUAAGGGACCGGGGAAUGUUCCAUUAGCCUCGCAUUGUAGCGAAAUAUAUUGUGACCAUUUCGUGCAGUGUGAAUUAAAAUAUCAAGAAGUCAUCUUUUAAUUGACAACUGCAUUUAUUACGCUGUGACCUCAUCAAUAUUGCUAAAAUUGGGGUGGCACUUUGGAUAAUCUCCAAAUGUCUCUAAAGUGCCCUAAUGUGUGCUUCUGACCGUCCAGUCCAGAUCCUGGCAUGCACAUUGACAGAAGGCAUGACAGAAGGCACGAAAGGCGGCUAUCUGGCGCCUCAAAACUAUAUGCUUAGGACAGAGGGGUAUGAGGACAGAGGGGCAUUUACCCCGAGGUAUAAGUUCAAAUCACUCAAAUAUGUCAUCAGAGACCAACAGUGUAUUGAUAUUUUAUGUCUAGCCAUCAAACUCUUGGCGGCCAUUUUGGAAUUUGGGGCCACCAGGGGGCUCUGGUGACGGAGUUUCUACCUAAAAGUGUUAACUAUCCUUCAGUAAGAUCGUGUGCGAAGUUAUAUGCAUAUACGUCCUAGCACACUGUCUUAGUGUUAAAAGAUUCAACAGUCGGCCAUCUUGAAAUUGGCGGCCAUCUUUUUUUGCCGAUUUUUCAAUAGUCGAAAACGUCCUGUAGUUGUGAAUAUCUUUUGAGAAACACAAUAUGGCUAUUUCGAAAUACAACAAAUUCUUUUUUUCAUCAAAACAUUGAACCUCAUCUGAAAUAUGGAAGAUAUAUUGAUAAUUGGUGGCCAUAUUGGAUUAUGCAAAUUAUACAUAUUUCCUAAACUAGAAUUGCUUGGGACUUUUAGUAUGUUGUUUUCGGGAUCUUGUAGAAAUGCAUUGUGGUGAAAUAAAUUCUCUUGCAAUUUGUUCCAAGUGUAACCUUAUUUUGCCUGGACUAUAUAUAUAUUCGUCAUUGAUACUACUCGGAUAUGCUUCUUGCCUUUUUUCAAGCUAUAGUAUUUGUAAUAUGCAAGCACACCAUUAUAUUUGAUUUUUAAUAUAAGAAUAGUUGUAUUUCCUUUCUUUUGUUUUGCCUCGGAAAUUAAGAAUGUACGUCAAUGCUUACCUCAUCAAAAGCUUAAUAAAAAUCAAUGAAUAUA